GGGCGGUGCGGGGGGAACGCGGGGCGGCUCUCGGCCCGGGAGGUCACUCGGGGCUGGUGACACGAUCGCGUUCCGCCCACGCGUCACCGCGGGGCCGCUGACACGAUCCCGCCUCGCCCCCUCACGGAGGCGGCGCGGCCGUGAGGGCAACCCCCGCCUCCAACGGGUCUCACCGUGAUUGGCGCGAGUGCACCCUUUCUCCGCUGUGAUUGGUUAGACCUGCUGUCGCUCUCGGCCUCUGCGGGCAGGGGCGGGCGCUGAGUGGCCGGCGCUGGCGGUGGCCCCGCCCCCGCGGGGACGCGCGGGCGGAGCGGAGCUGCGGCCGGAGCCGCAGGAGCCGCCGGAGCGGGGGCGGCCUGAGGGCGGGUGACGCGGCAGCCGCCGCCGCCGCCGCCGCCAUGGAGGCGAAACCGGCGGACCCGCUGCUCUGCGACAGCCUCAUCCUCUGGCUGCAGACAUUCAAUACAGCUGCACCCUGCAGGGAUGUCCAGGACUUGACUAACGGGGUUGCCAUGGCUCAGGUGCUUCACCAAAUAGAUGUUGCCUGGUUUGAUGCAUCCUGGCUCAAUCGCAUCAAAGAAGAUGUUGGUGACAACUGGAGAAUAAAGUCCAGUAAUUUGAAGAAGAUACUGCAAGGAAUUAUGGACUACUAUCAUGAGUUCCUGGGUCAGCAGAUUGCAGAAGAGCUUAUUCCAGACUUGACCCGCAUAUCUGAGAACUCGGAUCCCACUGAACUGGGCAGGCUCCUGCAGCUUAUUUUGGGUUGUGCAGUCAACUGUGAGAGGAAACAAGAACACAUACAGAACAUCAUGACCCUUGAAGAGUCUGUUCAGCAUGUUGUCAUGACAGCCAUUCAAGAGCUCAUGAGCAAGGAAAUAACAAGUGCUUCCCCAUGUGAUGCAUCAAGUGAAGUGGAACAGCAGCUUAAAAAAGCCUUGGAAGACCUUCAGGAAGCACGAGCAGAAAAAGAAGAGUUGGCACAAAGAUGUCAAGAGCUGGAUUUGCAGGUGGCUGCCCUCCAGGAAGAGAAAAACAGCUUGAUGUCAGAAAAUGAGAUUAUGAAUGACAGACUAGAGCAAUUAGAUGACUCUCUUGAUGAUCCAAAUACCAUGGUUGCAAAAAAGUAUUUUAGUGCACAGUUGCAGCUGGAACAAUUGCAAGAAGAAAACUUCAGGCUUGAAACUGCAAAAGAUGAUUAUCGUGUCCAUUGUGAAGAUCUAGAAAAGCAAUUGAUUGAGCUGCAGCAUAGAAACAAUGAACUGACCUCUCUGGCAGAAGAAUCAAGAGCCUUGAAAGAUGAAAAUGACAUUCUUAGGGCUACUGCAGACAAGGCAAGCAAGCUGGAGUCAACAGUGGAAGUGUAUCGGAAGAAGCUGCAGGACCUGAAUGAUUUCCGCAGGCAGGUCAAGUCCCUGCAGGAGACCAACAUGAUGUACAUGCACAACACUGUCAGCCUGGAGGAUGAGCUCAGGAAAGCCAACGCAGCACGAGCCCAGCUGGAAACCUACAAGAAACAGGUCCAGGAGCUUCAUAACAAACUGUCUGAAGAAUCCAAAAGAGCUGAUAAGCUGGCAUUUGAAAUGAAGCGUCUCGAAGAAAAAUAUGAAGCUUUAAUGAAGGAAAAAGAGAGACUGAUAGUGCAGUGUGAUGCAUUAAGAGAGACAAACGAGGAGCUCCGGUGUGCACAGAUGCAGCAGGAUCACCUGAGUCAAACAGGUGAAAAGAGCCAUGAGAAUCUUGCUGCUGAAAUUCUACCAGUGGAAUAUAGGGAAAUGUUUAUUCGGCUGCAGCAUGAAAAUAAGAUGCUCCUGCUGAAACAGGAGGGAUCAGAAAAUGAACGGAUUGCAGAACUCCAGGAAGAGCUGGAGCAGAAGCACCGGACAGUGAACGAGCUGGAAACUGAGAAAAGGCUCAAUGAAGAGCGUAUUGGAGGAUUACAGCAGCAGAUUGAAGAUCUGCAAAAGACUUUACAGGAGCAGGGAUCCAAGACUGAAGGAUCCAGCAACCUGAAGCAGAAAUUGGCAGCACACAUGGAAAAGUUGAAUGAGGUUCAUGAUGAGUUACAGAAGAAAGAGGCUGAUCUUGCAGAGCUCCAGCCUGAUGACAGUCAGAACCGUGAGUUGUUUUCCCAGAAGAUUGGAGAGCUGGAAGCAGCUUUACGAAAAAAAGAUGAGGAUAUGAAAGCAAUGGAAGAAAGAUAUAAAAUGUACCUUGAAAAAGCAAGAAAUGUGAUAAAAACCUUAGACCCCAAGCUAAAUCCAGCAUCAGCAGAAAUUAUGUUGCUCAGAAAACAGAUACUGGAAAAAGACAGAAGAAUUGAAGCACUAGAGAAUGAAUACAAAAUAGCCAAGCUACGUGACUAUGAGGAAAAGCUGAUUGUAACUGCAUGGUACAACAAGAGCCUGAGCCUGCAGAAGCUGGGCAUGGAGGCCAGGCUGGUGGGCAGCAGCGGCGGCUGCGGGGCCGGGCCCGGCCGCUCCUUCCUGGCGCAGCAGCGUCACGUCACCAACACCAGGAGGAACCUCACUGUUAAAGUACCAGGGGCAACAUCUGAUUAAACACGAGGACAUGGAGAAGACUCACAUGCUAAAGUGUCCUUACAUGUUUUAUACCUUUCCACUUUACCUGCUUGAUGAGAGAGGAGGUUAGAAUGCUGGGCAGCUGCACAUGACAACAUCAGAACCUGUCAAGAAGAGAUUAAGGUGAUCAGCCAGAAGGUGGCAUGCAGUUUUCCAAGUAGAUUUAAUAAAUGCAGCAUGUACAAGCACAACUGAAAAGAUUUCUAUUUGCCUUUAGAUUAUAUUGUAAAUAUGAAAUUUGGCACUAUAUAUUUAAAACUUUAUUUAAGUGGGUUUGGGCUAGAAGGUUGACUUUUAUAAUGGGAAGAUGUUAUGCAAAGGUGUACUUCACGAAACUGGCAAUAUUGGGCAUUUUUGCUGGGCUCUCUGAAAACAGAUCUAAAAGAUUGGUAGCAUCUUUUAAAAAAUGCUUUUUUAGAAUAGAAAGUACAAUUUUAAAAGCAAGAAAGUACUUGUAUUUAGAGAAGAAGAAAAUUAAGGUGUGGUACCAGUUGUUAUGUAACAGAAGACAGGAUUUGUUUUAUGAGAAGCAGAAUUUCUUAAAGUUUAUUAAAGAAAAAAAAAAAAGCUAAGCUUAAGUUGGUGCAAUAAUGCACUGAGAAAAACCUGUCUUUAAGAUGUUGAAUUCACUUAAGCCAAAAAAGCUUGUCUUUUCCUGGGUAAGAAAAAAGCUAUUAUACUAACUCAAAAGUCUGGGCUAUAUUUUAAAACUCUGGUAUACUGCAUUUAUCUGCAGAAAGGGGGAUUAGGUGGGAAGGAGCCCCAUUUAUUUCAACCUAUUUAUACAAGCCUGUGCAUGGCAAUUGCAUUUCCUCUUUCUUAAAUGUAGUUUCACUCAGCUCUUCUGAACUAACUGUGCUAGGCAGAGGAGUGAGAGAUGGCUUUG